AUGACAAGUUUCCAACAGGCUAAUGAGUUGGAUGAGGUCCUGGUGAAGUCAUCAUUCCUUGCAGAGCUACAACGCCGAGUCCUUAAAGCUGAGGCUGGUCUGAGAGAGAAAGAAGAGGAGAAUGACAUACUCCACCAACGGCUCCAACAGUACGAGAAUCGUUGGUCUGAAUACGAGCUUAAGAUGAAGUCCAUGGAAGAAGUGUGGCAGAAACAAAUGAGAUCAUUACAGUCUAGCCUUUCCAUUGCAAAGAAGAGCCUGGCCCUUGACGAUUCUGAGAGGAAUUCUGAUGCAUCAGUCAAUUUAAAUGAUGACAGAGACUCUAGUUGGGACAUGGGGAAUAAUUUCAGAGGUCAUGAGAGCAAUCAAUUGAGACCAAUGAGUGCAGGUCUGAGUGUUAUAAGUAGAAUGGCUGAAGAAUUUGAGCAAAGGAGUCAAGUAUUUGGUGAUGAUGCCAAAUUCUUGAUGGAGGUGAAGUCAGGUAAGGUUGAGGCGAGUUUGGACCCGGAUCGUGAGCUUAGACGGUUAAAACAGAUGUUUGAAGCUUGGAAGAAGGACUACGGGGCAAGACUGCGAGAAACAAAGGUGAUCUUGCACAAGCUAGGAAAUGAAGGGACCGGUGACAAGGUGAGAAAAAAGUGGUGGGGAAGGAGGAAUAGCUCAAGGAUAAAUUAA